AGCGAUCUUCUUCUUCUUCUUCUUCUUCCUCCCUCCUCCUCCUGACCUCCGUUGCGGCGACGAAUCCCCCGCCGGAAGAGCCGCCGCGCGCGACGGAGCUACAGUUCGUAGCUCGGUUUGGAUCCCUCCACCCCCGCGGAUCGGCGGAGCUGUUGGUCUCGCCGGGAACCGUCGACCUUGAACAUGGCGUCGAUGGAUGGUCUGGUGCCGAUAUCUAGAUCCUUUCUCGCCUCCUACUACGACAAGUACCCGUUCCCUCCUCUCUCCGAGGACGUCGCUCGGAUCUCCUCCCAGCUUCGUUCUCUCUCCAACGGCCUGCUCGAGGAUUUCCCUCCUACCGAAGGUGAGCAAUUGUUGAUAGAGGAGGCAGAUGGGACGCCUCCCCAUAAAAUUGACGAGAACAUGUGGAAGAAUCGAGAGCAGAUGGAAGAGAUUGUUUUUCUGCUCGACAAGUCACAUUGGCCAAUGGCGCUUCAGCAGCAAUCAACCACAGAGAACACUGAGCUUGCUACCUUUCUCAGCCAGAUCAAAGAUAAAAUUCAAGAAACUUUGAGUUUGUUGACGUCUUUCCAGGCUAGAAAUUCUGAACGUGUAUUCAACACAGUCAUGACUUACCUGCCUCAAGACUUCCGGGGGACACUUAUUAGACAGCAAAGGGAACGCUCUGAGAGGAACAAGCAAGCAGAGGUUGAUACUUUAAUUAAUUCUGGUGGAAGUAUACGAGACAGAUAUGCACUGCUAUGGAAGCAGCAAAUGGAUAGGAGAAGACAGUUAGCUCAGCUUGGUUCUGCUACAGGUGUCUACAAAACCCUUGUGAAGUACUUAGUAGGGGUUCCACAAGUUUUACUGGACUUCAUUAAGCAAAUAAAUGAUGACGAUGGGCCCAUGGAAGAGCAAAGACAACGAUAUGGACCUCCUUUGUACAGCCUGACGUCGCUGGUUCUGUUCAUUCAUCUUUUUCUUUCACUAUCUUGGGGACGCUUUGAGACUCGGAAAUUAAAAGGAGAAGAGUUAGCUGCAUUGGAGCAAGCGGUGAAUGUCUACGCCUCCGAAUUCCAGAGAUUCAUCCAAUUUCUCAGUGAAGUAUUUGUGAAUUCCCCCUUCUUCAUAUCAGCAGAGGAAGCAGGCGCCCUAGAAGCAGGGCAAAAUGAUGACUAUAAAGAGAUAAGUAUACCAGCUGGUAAAACUCAUGAGGUUUCCUUGAUGGUGGAUUCCUUGAACUCAUACAUUGCAUGGGAUUUUGCACUGGUACAAAGCAAGAUUAACCUAGACAUUGGAUUUAGCGUGGAGUGUAUAAAUCCUUCCGGAGAAAAAACUUUGAUAUUACCCUACCGUCGUUAUGAUUCUGACCAAGGGAACUUUUGCACAUGCGUUGCUGGAAAUUACAAGCUAGUCUGGGAUAAUUCAUAUUCCACAUUCUUUAAGAAGGCCCUUCGUUACAAGGUAGACUGCAUCCCUCCAGUUGUGGAGCCAGUUCAGUCCAUGUCUGAGGAGGAAGCAUGAGGAGGGCCUCUUUGUCGGUUUAUUUGCAUUUUGUUUGUCACAUUUUGUUUUAGUCUCUGCCCCCCAGAAUAUUUGCUGGGAUGGAUAUCUUGCCUGGGUAAUCCUUUCUCAUUGAGAAUGUGAUCCAAGUGUUAAAUUGUUCCUAAGUUGUAACUUUUCUGUACAUACUCCACGACCCAAUGUAACCAAUUCUUCUUUAUGAUUAUUGAAAGAUGAUUAGUCCCUUCA